AUCGUUCGCGUGUCUCGUAUCUGGCGUUGCCCAAGGUUUCGCUUUGCGUGACAGCUCUACGUACUACACGGCCAUGGAGCAGACGACGGCGGUCGAGGGCCGGGCGAAGCAGAUCGAGAAAGAGUAUCUCUCCAGUCUAGCCGACCUGAAUGUCAACAGCAAACCGUUGAUAAACAUGUUGACAAUACUGGCCGAGGAAAACCUCGAGUACGCCCAGAUCAUCGUGAACGCGGUGGAAAAGCACCUGACAAAGGUUGCACCUGAUGUAAAACUGCCAAUACUUUACCUCGUUGAUUCCAUCGUUAAGAAUGUGGGCAAGCAGUAUCAGACGCUCUUCAGUCAGGUCAUAGUGAAUAUGUUUUGCGGCGUGUUUCAAACGGUUAAUGAAAAGAUACGGGAAAAAAUGUUCAGCCUGAGGCAAACGUGGAAUGAGGUAUUUCAACAGUCGAAGCUGUACACUUUGGAUGUAAAAAUUAACUCAAUAGAUCCGGGUUGGCCCAUUACGGCACAGCUGAAACCGAAGGCAGCCUCCAUCCAUCUGAAUCCUAUGUUCCUGAAGGGCAAUGAACCAACGCUAGCAAUGCAGCAGAAGCUUCGGGAUAAACAGCGAGAGCUGUUGCAGUUGCAAGCGCGAAAGCUCGAGCUAGAGUUGCUUACGACGAAGAAGCGCAUUCUAGAGCAGGAAAAGCAAUUAAGCAUUCAAACGGAAAGCGUUGCAAAGGAGCCUUCGGUAGAGUUACUAAAAGCAUCAGACGGCAUUGCUGGUCCCCAAGCUAUGCACCCAGCUGCUGCUGCUGGUCUUAUCUCGGGCAUCGUUCCACCAGCGAAAUCCCGUAUAGCUCCCGUUCCCCAAGGCAUGAUCAAUAUGGUAAAGACGCGUGAUCCUCGGUUAGCGAAACAACAAGCAACAGCGGCCCAGCAUGGUGCAUCAUCAUCGUCAACGCCUGUCGGUAGUAUGAAUAAUCAUUCCGGAUUAGUAGGAGGGCCAGGACCAUUACUAGUUCCAUCGCACACGUUUGCUGCAGGUUCAAUGGACUCGGCAAAUCACGCUAUUCCUGGCACAAAGCAAUCAUCGGCCAUGCUCGGAAAGGAACGGGAUCUUGGUGGAAAACCCCGAGAUACCUUACGACCUGACACACUGCUGGAAGAAGGAGGCGCUCGUGGCAAGAAAACCAUAUCAUCUUCCUCCACGAGCAGUAGUUCGUCCGCGCACAAAUCUCGUCGCGAGCACGAAGCGAAGUCGAGGAAAGAUAGAAAAGAACACCCUUCAUUAUCAUCAGCUUCAAGCAGUAGAUCGUCGGCGAAAAGUGGCAAAUCGUCUUCGUCGUCUACACGUACGGGUAGCAGCAGCAGCAGCAGCAGUACCGAUAAGCGGAAACAGCGCACGCAUAGUGCCAGCGAUGGUUCGCCGCAUGGUGGUCGGAAAUCAUCACCCCACACCAGCUCGCCGGUAAAGAAGAAAUCCUCGUCGGAAAAAUCUUCAUCUUUGCAUCACUCACAAAACGACCACAGUCCCAAGGGUAAAUCACGAUCGUUAGAAAGUCGAACUGUUUCGGACACGAUACCUGGAACUGCGGGUGGCAAAUCAUCUCAGCAAGCUCGCAACAAUAAUCUCGACAGUAAAAAGAUAGGCGAAUAUCCCGGAGCAGCAGCAGUUGGGAGUUCCUCUGAACUUGAUCCUCGCUUUGGCGUCGGUCCUCAAAAACGGAUCAAGAUAGAUGAGCACCCUGUGUCGGAAGUACGCACCGUUGCGGAGGAUACAGAUGACGCAAUGGCGGCGAUGAUGAUGGUGGGGCCAAAAGCGUCGGAAGUACAAAAUAAUAGCGCAACAGACGACGAAGAAGCUCUUUCGGCUAUGAUUGCUAAAGAUAUCGAUUUACGAGCAAUUCCUCUUCAGCUGAUCACGCCGAAACAUGCGCCAACGGAGCAUGAUUUGCCAACGAACAGUGGCUCGAAGCUUGAUGCAUCAUCCUCAUCGUCAAAGGACUCUCCAUCGAAGCGCUCGGAUGAGCUGGAAGAUACGGAUGUGUUCGCCAAUGGAAAGAAGCGAACCAGCACCACCAAUUAUGAGGAACCGAACGCGAAGAAGAGCAAGGCGGAAAUGUUGGAUGCGUUAUUCGGUAACGAAGAUGUUGAUCUUCGACAGCUACCUAUCGGAGGUACACUACUGAUCUCAGGCGAUGGAAGAGAUUUAGAUUUUCCAAAGAUGGAUGACAACGCAGUGGACCAACCAAGAUCUCCACUUUCCGAGCGAACCAACAGCACCCACAGUGCAAAGCUGGGCGAUGUGAGCAAAAGUCUAGAAAAGGAUCGACUCGGUAGACCUCUGUUGUACAAUAAAUUGCCUGAUGAUCCGAUUGAACGCCGCCGAUCGAUCAGUUCGCUUGCCAAACCGGGCGAUAUCGAUCAUCGGUUUCAGCAGCAGCUGCCACCACAUCACGAUCUUACCGAGGACGACGAUGACAACUCGAUGGACAUUAUGAACACCAACAUCAAGACAAUUAUCGCGCAGGCACAGGAACAAAUGGAAAAGGGAGAAAUUACGCCCGAACAGUACAAUAUACUUAUGAAGCAGGUAAUUCAGCUAAACGAAACGCAAAAGAUUCGCCAGGCUCAGCGGAUCGAGUCGGUGAAGCGUCAGGAACCGACGAUUAUCCGAAUCGAUGAUACUGGAUCGUUGAGUGGUGACGAUGAUGUGAUUGUAACGGGUGUCUCGGGACCGAUGAUGGGGCCGGGCAUGUCCGGUAUGCGGAUGAACGAUUCAAAGGACAACAUCGGCAGUGUUGUGAACGACUUUCGAGGCAAAAUUCAUCCCAUCGAUGGAAAACCGCCGCUUGGCAAACCGUUCGAUGUUGUACCACCGUUUGCUGGAAUUGGUAUUCCACCGACAUCCGUCCCGCCGCCCGAUAUUCGUGCACAACGGGAUCCACGGAGAAUACGGGAAUCAAAGUGGAAUCGUGUCGACCCUGUUCUCCCCGGACCGGCUUGGGCAAAUCGUCCUGCCGGCGUUAAACCAAUCGUUGGUGGACCGAUGGUUGUACCUCCGAUGCCAGGUGGCGGAGGCAUUCGUCCCGGAAUGGUGGUGCCAAGUCCUUGGGAGCAAUCACCGUUCCCGGUGAUGGGCGACGGUAUGCCUCGCUUCCCUACACCGCCGGGUCCGUUACCGCUGGGCGUACUGGUAGGCGGGGCCGGAGUACCACCGACCAAUGGUUUGUCGAUGAUGAAUCCGGCACUGCCCAAGAUAAACGAUAGCGUGCGUACGAUAAACAUCGACGGAAUCCAACGGGAGAUACGCUUCUACGAGGAAAUUGCCGUCAUCUUUAUCAACUGGGACGAGCCGAAGGAGAUCGGAUUUCAAAAGGGUGCCCGGAUGGUGGUGGUAGACGACCGCGAAACGUUCGAGCUAGGGUUCAACGAACCGUACAAAUCCGUUAGCAUUGAGAAUAAAGUGUAUCAGAUGCGUUUGGGGGCUCCCACGAGGGAGCUGUACAUCGACGAUUCCUGGUACGAAUGCUAUUUCGGCGACAAACCUUCAACGAUCGUGUUGGACGGUAAGCCGAGAGUGUUUAAAAUCGCUGGUCCGGCGCCGCAGGUGAAAAUCGGCGACAGCCGCAAAGAUCUCGUCGCGGGUAAGAUCAACAUGAUCGUCGAUGCGAAAUACAUGAUACCGGUGUUUCUGGACUGUAAGCCGCAAAUGUUCGAAGUGUACGGCGUCAUGCAUCGGUUACAGUUUGCGGACUUUCUGCUGACGGUGCUGAUAGAUGAACAACCAUUUCCGGUGGAUUACGGUGGUUUGCCGAUGUUGGUGAGAUCGCGUGACCGUGAUUACUACAUACGGUUCACCGCACUACCCAACGGUGUAGUGCCGGGUCGGGUCUAUAUCCGCGACAUGAUCCGCACACCGAUGUACCGUGAUUUGCGAACCCCACCAAAAGAUGGAGGCACUUUAUCGCCACCGAUACCUCUCAAUCCACCAUUUGCUCCUCCGACAACGGGACCACCUGCGCUGCCCACUUCCGGGCCGCCUGGCAUGGGCUUCGGACCUAUGAACAGUCUUCCACCGGGAAUCGGUCUGCACCAUCCGGGAGUUGCGCCUCCGAAUUCCACCUCCACUGGGCUAGAUUAUCUCACAAACUUAAUGCCCUCGAUGGCGAUGCAAACUGGUGCAGCUGGGAAGAACGGUCCCGGCUAUCGGAUAGAAGCUGACGAGAAGGCAAUUGUUGCUGGAGGAGCAGCACCAAGCGCUGCGCAGCAGCAUUCAGCAUCUUCAGCUUCCGCAGCAGGGUUGCCUCUUCUAUCGAACAUUAAUGUGGAAGAAUUGUAUAAAAAGAUAGUUGCGGCCGGCAUCAUAACAAAGUUGGGCGGUGGCAGCUCAUCUUCACCGACGCCUCCCCAAUCAACCGGCGAAGGCGCAGGAUCUUCCACUGCUGACUCGAAGGAUCCGAAGGACGCGGCCAACAAAUCCAAAGAAAAGGAUAAAUCACCCAUUCCAGAAAUUGACCCCGUGCUGCUAGAUAAGCCGGACACGAUCAAGAAACGUCAGACGGCCGUUGUGCAUCAACUAUUCUCAGGAAUGCAGUGUAGCAGUUGCGGUGUACGGUUUCCACCGGAGCAGACAAUGAAGUACAGCCAGCAUCUGGAUUGGCACUUCCGGCAGAAUCGACGCGACCGAGACUCGGCACGGAAGGCACACUCGCGCAAGUGGUACUACGACGUGUCGGACUGGAUCCAGUACGAGGAGAUCGAGGACUUGGAAGAGCGGGAGAAGAAUUGGUUUGAAACCCAACAGACUGAUCAGGGUGAGCCGAAAAAGGCUGGUGGUGGUGGAGGAAUCGGCAACAGUGCAUUGGAUGUAGAUGAGUUUGCGACGCACGAUGACUCACCGCAGCCAAGCUGUCCGGCCGGCUCAGACGAAGACGAUCGACAGUGUCACAUGUGUCAUGAUACAUUCGAACACUUCUACAAUGAGGAAACGGAAGAGUGGCAUCUGAAGAAUGCGGUCCGCAUUGACGGUAGCACGUACCAUCCGUUGUGCUACGAAGAUUACAAGGCAUCGUUAACGAUGUCCGAAUCGACGCUGGGCAACGGAACGCUCGGCGCGUCGUUGGAUGAGAGCCAGAAGACUGAAGAUGGGGAGGCGAUGGACACGAGUGAAGCAGGAGCUGCCGAUGGGGAGGGUACCGGGGAAAAUUUGGACGGAAAAUCAUCUAGCAAAACAGGUAAUCAAAUGGAGGAAGACGAUGAUGAUGAUGUGAUAGUGCUGCCGGCUGUGGAACCCGUCGUAGAAGAAAUCCUCGACGACGACGGUGAUGAACAGCCGAGUGGCGAAAAAGAAGGUGACGGCGUUGUUGCAACUGAUGGUGCUGCAGAGGCCGAUGAAGAGUCGUCUGGGGCAGCCAUAGGAAAUGUCAAAUCACCGCGACAGCCCGAAUUCCAGGAACGUCAAAUCGAUGAGGAUCUUUUCAUACAGGAACCCAACAUCGAGGUGACAGAUUUGGAUGAGAUCGAGGACAAACCGAUUGAUAGUACGUCCGGGGAGCCUGGAACGGUAGAUGGCGGACAGUUGCUGUGCGUUAAGAUAAAGCAGGAACCGAAGGAGGACGACGAAGCGGACGAGGAGGAUGCACUGUUCGAGGAUGUCGGUACGAUCGAGUCCAGCUUGGUGGAGGUAGAAAAUCCUUCUCCGGCCACCAAUACUAACGCGGCAGAUGAGGAACUGUACGACGACGUUAUUCCUGCCGAAAGCAUUCCAUCACCUUCAGAAUCAUCCAACCAGAUGGGCGUUGUGGUGCAACCUAAGGCCACGAUCGACGGCAAUGUGGAGAUGCAGGACGCUGCCCAGUCGGCCGUGGUCGUGCCGAACAAAAUCAAAAUCAACAUCACAAAGACGAAGCAGUCUUACAGUGGCCAUAUUAAUCACGGCGGUGCGUCGUCGGCCAACGACGGGGAACCAACUGGCGAUACCAAUAACGGUGGGAAUGUGAAUAAUUUUAGCGAAGAUACACAGGACGAGCAGCAGGAGCAUGGUGAUAACGGAAACGAAGAUGAUGGUGCCGGAAGUUGGGAAGAACGGCAAGAAAAGAACGGUUCCGAACAGUCCAAUAAUAAAGAUUCGUCAGCAGCAGCUACGACGACGACGCCGACGGCUGCAGCGGAAGAUGCUGCAGUGGUUGCGUUUGAAGAAACAACUGAUGUUGCGUAUGAGCCGAAAGGCUGCUUGAAGGCCAUUGAGUUUAACCGACAGCCACGGGUGACCAGUGGCCUCGAAGCGUCCGGGCUCUGUUCGAUCAUGUAAAUAG